UUGUAAGGCGUAAGGAUAUCAAUCAAAGAGUAGGCGAACAACUCAUGCUUCCGAUUGCCGCCUCUUUCCAAUUCUAAUGUUGUUAGCCUUCUUUUGUUUACAAAUGUGAGAUAUAAAAGUCACAAACGAGGUUCCUAGACAGAGCUCCAACCUCUACCCACGCAAAGGGUCUCUCUCCUUGCAUCCAUUCCCUUUUUGCCGCUGCCUGCAUAUACAAUAUACAAAGCACACGUGCAUAUAUACAGAGACUUGUACCAAUCUUGGAGAGCAUUUUUAAACAGGCAGAGGAAAUGGGGAGCUUAUCCGUCUUUCUGCUGUUAUGCAUCUUCUCGGAGACUGCGGUUUCAGAGAGGAUAUGGAGCAGAGAGGAGAUGGCAGCAUUGGCUGGCUAUGGCGAAGAGAAGCUAUCAUCGGUGGUUGUCACGGGCUCUCUUCUCUCCUCUGGCUCUCUGCCUGUUCCAGGUGCCGUAGUUGGGGUGAAGUGCGAGGCGGAAGGCAAAAGAAGAACAGGAUGGAUAAAAGCUGUUACAGAUGAGCAUGGAGAAUUCGAGAUAGAGCUUCCGUCCAGCCUCCACGCCAUUCCUGACCUGGCAAAUGCAUGUUUAGUCAAACCAGUUCAUGUACCAGAACCUUACAAGUGCUUCCCAUCUGCUAGAGGUCUAACCCUUGUUUCGUCUAGCCACGGCUUCCGCGUGUACACAGCAGGCAGCAUCACAAUCCGAGAAGAGCAAGAGGCAUUUGUAUGAUAUGGACAAAAAUCCGAGUCUGUUUUCUCACGGUCCUGACAGGCCGUGUCUGUACUCACACGGAUUUGUGUGUGAGACAGGAGAGAAAGGCCUCAAAGCUGCCCCCGGGGCUAAUUCCGUUUACAUGUAAAAUCCCACCCAAGCUAUGACAGUAAAAUAAAUAACCUCUGGCUAC